AUGUUUGAGGAGAGGGUAAGUUCUAGUGUAUUCGGGGAGGAUGAUUUGGACUUGGGUUUCACACCUAACGCUGGUAUUAAUCCAUCGGUCAUUCCAAGUAAGAAGACAAUUAAGGAGAAUUCUCUACUAUCCACAAUCCUCUCUGGUUGUUUUUCUGCGUCCUCUAUUGAAUGGGUGCUGAUGGCCCAGGCGCUUGUCACUCUGGCAAAUAUUCGGACGUACUUGGAAGCGACAAUAGUUAUGGUAGCACGACUCAGGCGGGAGGCCAUCAGCGCCUCACCAACGAUCUCACGGCGACGACAACAGGGUGAGAAUUUUCCUAUCCUAAAGCAAAUUGUGGGUGGGCUUAAGAGCUUGGAGUUGGUGUGGUGUAGUAAGGACUCCUUUUCUGAUGUAGGGACCCUUUGGUGGGAUCCUGCUGCGGUCGACGCUGAUUCGUUGAGAGGGGAAAUGAGUCCCAUGAUGGUUGGUGUUGAUUGUGGUGCGUACGUUAUUGGCCUUGUGGUCGCUUGUGGGCUCAUGACAGACGCCGUGUACUGCUGCGGCAAGUGGUUGAGAGAGUUAAGGGAGUGGAGUACUAAAAGGGAAGGUGCGGAAUCGGCGGUGACUGUUACCAAUGUUUCGUCCCUUGAAAGCAGUGAGGUAAUCAACCUCAUUAUGCAAGCUAUGAUGCACUUACCAAUGGAGGCGUCCCAGUGGUGUGUGGAACGCAUUACGAAUGCUUUCAUCCAUGCAAUACCGUUUGGCAUCACCCCAGAGCCCAGGUCUCUUUGUGUGGGCAUUCUUAUGGUACCUGGGUGGGCUGCUUACAUGCUUAUGGAAGGUACCAGAACUUGCUCAUCUAUUUCUGGGGAAGUACUUAAUUCUGUUCCAACCUUAGCAAGGAGUUUGUUGUCUGUGUAUCUUGAGGACGAGUCUCGAUUCGGGCACCUCUGUGCGGAAGCCGUAUGCUUUAUUGGAAUUCUUUCCAACCAACUUGUGCAAAGAGCAGUCUGUAGCGACCCAAUUAAAAGCACUCUAACAGUGACAAGUUCCGCACAGCGCGCGGUAGCAGUCCUUCGAUCGUUCUUCAACACCUUUUUACAACCAUUGGAAGAGAGCUUCACAACUUUUGUGGCCCGUCCAGGUGUGUCAAACGCUUUAUGGAUUGCGCUUGUGCGUCCAUUCCAAUGCCUUGUGGUUGAGCGUACUUUGUCUUCACUCAGUGUCUCCCCGGACGAGGCUUCCCCUACAGCAAGGAUAUGUUCUGCAAUACUACGCACUACCUUGUAUCGUCUGCUGCUCAUCGUGGAAGCCUUGGGUGCAGCAGAGUUCAGUAAGCUGAGUGGUAUCUCGCACACAUCACAUCAGCAGAAGCGAUACAAGGGGAUGCUCCAGCACUCCCGGGGAAAGGUCACAAUGACCCUGCUAAAUGCUAUUGCGGAGGAUAGACACCUGUUGUUAGAGGAGGCCAAUAUGCGUUCUCCUAGCGGGCAUCGCAUCUUCAAGUUGCACAAUGAUAUCGCCAGCGGGGAUGGCGGUCAUGUAGUGUUGUUGUAUCUCGACGGUGGUGUAAUUCACUACAGUGUUGGGCGACGGGACAGGAACUUCAAGGUUGCGAAGGGUGUGGAGGAGGUCUUCAAGACAUUCCAGCCGUAG